UUUCUGACUCCUUUUGCAAGUAAGGCCUCAUUUCUGGUGUGUAUACUGCUUGCUGUGUGCAGUUGAGCCGCGAGAUCUGGAGGAUAAUCCUUUUGAUGGAAGCAACACAACGACCCGCGAGAAAACACAGGCGUCGUCCAGGGCUGUACUCGGCAGAAGAGGUGGCGCUUCACAGCACGCCCGAUGAUGCCUGGAUCGUGUACGAAGACAAAGGUGACGAUCUGGUCACAUUCACACAUUCGCCUUUUCCUCGCUGGUGGAGUGUGUGUGUCACUUGCUCUUCGGUUGGCUCCUCUGGUUUGAUGCAGUGUAUGACGCCACCAGUUAUAUCCGUGACCACCCGGGCAACCACUUCGCCCUUCUCUCCGUCCUCGGCCGCGAUUGCACCCAAGAAAUGGCCGACGUGAGUGGUGCGGCCAGCCACAGAGUCGCACAGACCACAGAUGCUUGGUUGGUUGUGUCUUGUGUGCAUUAACUCAGUAUGGCCACUCGACAUACGCCUACAGAAUACUCAAUGGCUUGUACAUCGGCGACCUGAGGAAAGACCCUGACGAGCAGCCGGGAGACGCCUGCUCUUACGGUCGCUUUGGGUCUCUCGUCGCCCUGCUGCUGCCGCCAUUGCUGCGGCCUUUGUUCCCGGCACUUGCCUUCAGCAACUUGCACGCGUAGCUGUGAGGCAGGCAGAGGUAGUCUCGAUGGUUUUGGCGGUUUUGUUGGUUUUGUUAAACUGAACGAUGUGGAGUGACUUUUGAGUGACUGUAUGUUAGGUGUGUAUAGGGAACGGCUCGUACAGACAGAUAUCUUCUAAGCAUCCUGCGGUAUGGCCGCAGAUCGCUCGCAUAUAUAUAUGGCAUGGCCAUAUACGAUAGGCAGUAAUGUGUAGACACAGAAAAUGAGAAAAGGGCACACGCGUCCGUCCCAUGAGAUGUGCAGUC